UUCGAAAAAGAUCUCUACGCCCUCAUCCGGGGCAUGCGGAACCACAAGGGCAAUGAGAAAGAAUACAUCCAGAACAGCCUGAAGGAAUGCCGUCGCGAGGUUCGCAGUCCCGACAUGGACAACAAGGCCACCGCUCUGCUCAAGCUCGUCUACCUCGAAAUGUUCGGCCACGACAUGUCCUGGGCCUCGUUCAACGUCCUCGAAGUCAUGUCGAGCCAGAAGUACCUGCAGAAACGCGUCGGCUAUCUCGCUGCUGUCCAGACCUUCCGUCCAGACACCGAGGUCUUGAUGCUGGCCGAGAACCUGCUUAAGAAGGACCUGAACUCGCCCCAACUGCCUACCCUCGGCCUUCCGCUCGUCACCAUCCCUCAUGUCGUCAACUCUUCCAUGGCAAACUCGCUCCUGACCGACCUUCUACCCCGCCUCACCCACUCCUCGCCCGCAAUCCGCAAGAAGACUAUCGUCACCCUAUAUCGUCUGGCCCUGGUCUAUCCCGAGACUCUUCGCCCAGCAUGGCCAAAGAUAAAAGAGCGUCUGCUCGAUGAGAACGAGGACUCGAGCGUUACUGCCGCCAUCAUCAACGUCGUGUGCGAGCUAGGCUGGAGAAGGCCGCAUGAUUUUCUGCCCCUGGCCCCUCGUCUGUUUGAAUUGCUGGUACAGGGCUCUAACAACUGGAUGGCUAUCAAGAUCAUCAAGCUCUUCGCCACUCUUGUUCCCCUGGAGCCCAGGUUGAUCAAGAAGCUGCUCCCUCCCCUGACCACUUUGAUCAAGACAACCCCAGCCAUGAGUCUACUCUAUGAGUGUAUCAAUGGUAUCAUUCAGGGCGGUAUCCUGGACGGCGCUGAAGGAACCGUCGAAGGUGAUGAGAUCGCUCGUCUUUGUGUCAGCAAGCUCCGUGGUAUGCUUGUCGUCGAGGGCGAUCCUAACCUGAAAUACGUCGCGCUGCUCGCCUUCAACAAGAUCGUUGCUUCACAUCCUCAACUCGUCGCACUGCAUUCUGAUGUUGUUGUCGAGUGUAUCGAUGACCCUGACAUCUCAAUCCGCACAAGAGCUCUGGAUUUGGUCUCUGGAAUGGUUGACUCUAGCAACCUCAUGCCUAUCGUCGAACGCCUUCUUCGACAGCUUAGAGAAGCCACUCCUGCCUCUGCCGUCGACGAUCCGACUAACGACAGAGGUAUGCAUGCUGGUGUGAUUCCUUCAGGAGAUUCGGACGAGGAAGAGGCAACCGAAUCUUUGCGGAGGCGAGAGGCCCGCUCCUCAGAAGUUCCUCCGCUCCCCGAAGACUACCGCCGAAGUGUCAUCGAAAAGAUACUCGACAUGUGCUCACGAGACACAUAUUCCAACAUUACCGAUUUUGAGUGGUACGUUGGCAUUUUGGUCGACCUUGUUGGCCACUGUCCAACCGUAGGCAUUCAGACUUCGGACGUUUCUUCAAAAUCAACGAGGGAUGUCGCGCAGACCAUCGGCUUCGAACUUCAGAACGUUGCUGUUCGCGUGAAGAGCGUGCGACCUGAAGUGGUGGCUGCAGCUCAAUCGCUCAUCAUCGUCGAGCGAAGAAGAGAAAUGUUCCCUGCUUCCGGUAACGGAGCCCAGGCUGUGCUUGCUUCUGUAGCUUGGAUGGUCGGCGAGUACCCUGAUCUGCUUCCCGAUCCGCAAUCUGUCUUGAGUUCGCUACUUCAUUCUUCGAGCGCUCAACUCCCUGCCGAUAUCCUUGCCAUUUACGUUCAGGCUAUACCUAAAGUCUUCGCUCGUCUGACUUCGAACCAAGAACGAUCAUGGACUGCCUCUCGAAAGUCGCAAUCUGAUCUGCUAAUGGCUAGGAUUAUCCACUUCUUGGAACCGCUUGUGCAACAUCCUAAUCUCGAAGUGCAAGAACGAGCUGUUGAAUAUCUGGAAUUGAUGCGUGUCACUUCCGAAGCAAUCCAGGCACAUGCCGUCGAGGGCGAAGACGACGGAUUCGUUGAUGCUCCGUUGUUGCUUACCCAGGCUAUACCCUCACUUUUCAUGGGACAGGAAUUAAAUCCUGUUGCUCCUGGUGCUCUCACCAGAGUACCACUUACCGAAGGAUUGGAUCUCGACACUCCGAUCAAUGACAAUCUGCAAAUACUUUUGUCCCAAGCGGACUACGACGACAUGUCAUAUCCUGACGAAGACAAUGUUUCCAAGUUCUACUUUGAGAAGCCUUCGGCAUUGGCGGUUCAGCCCACAGCAGCCGCCGAUUACCUGGAGCCAAAAGAAGUGCAGAGUUCAGGAUCUUAUCAGUCCGAAGACCGAAAUAUCGAUCCGAAAGAUAUUGCCAAGAAGAAGGCCGAGAGACGCGAACGUUAUCGUGACGAUCCAUUCUACAUUGAUUCUGAGCGCGGAUCCGGAACUUCGACACCGUUGCACAAUAUUCUCAAGAGUAGUAAUGGCGAAGAUUUGGAUAUCGACGCCAUCCCUGUUAUGGACCUACAACUAGACAGCAGCAACACUGCGGCCGAAGCAGAUCGUCUUCGCAAGACUAAAGCAUCUAAAAAGUCACGCAACAAACGUGUCGAGAUUGCACAAGACGAGACUAUAGGCGACGACACACCCAGUUCUAUAGCGGCACCCACCAAGCCAUCUCUCCUUAGCAGGCCUAAAAAGUCUCUAUUGCAUGUUGACAGCAGUGGUCUCUCGUCUCUUUCGCUGUCAGAAGAUGUGUCUGCUCGCGAAACACAACUAGACUUUGAACGCCGCCAGCAAGAGGAAGAAGAGAUGGCAAAGGCAAUCAAGGAAGUCGAACGCGCUCGCUUGGAAAUGCAGCGAGCGCAAGAGAGAGUAGAAGCGAGUCAUAUACCCGAAGAAGGCACUGUAGUCAAGCGCAAAAAGAAGAAGACGAAAACAAAGACCGAAGAGGAGCGGCCGUUGGAGUCGGAAAAGACAUUGGGCGAUGAUGCACCAGAUACUACGGUGGUCAAGAAGAAGAAAAAGAAGAAGGCCAAGGAGGAAGAUGUGGAGGCUGCAACACAGAAUUCUGGUGCAGAGGUCGAGGCAGCUACGGUCAAGACAAAGCGGAAGAAGAAGAGGCAGAUCGACUUUGGCGAGCAAGCGGGUGCGCCAGCUGCUUGA